ACGUCACCGUCAGUGUCACUGUCACUGUCAUUCGCGUCGAACGACUUCGUAGCGUAGCGUUGUUUUUCGUUCAUGCAUUGUGUUUUUUGUGAACAAGGAUUUAUAUUGCUUAUUAACGCAAUAAUUUUCUCGUGAACUAACAUAAUUGUACACAACUCAUAAUGAUCAUCCCAGUUCGGUGUUUCACGUGCGGAAAAGUCAUUGGCAACAAAUGGGAGGCCUACCUCGGGCUUCUGCAAGCCGAGUACACUGAGGGUGAUGCCUUGGAUGCCCUCGGUCUAAAGAGGUACUGCUGCCGUCGCAUGUUGCUCGGACAUGUGGACCUCAUGAGAAACUUCUCAAUUAUGCGCCACUAGAGAAAUAAGCUAAACAUAUAAGUAGGUUAUAAAAUUGUAAUUUUUAAUUUGGAUUUUGUUUCUAUUAACCAGAAUUCAUUCCUUUUACAAAUCAUUUGAUGAAUGCGUGAUUUUCUGGAUUAUUUAGGCGUAAUUUUCAUCGCUGAGCAGGAUGUUAUAUCAACAUGCCAAUUGUUCAUUAUUCCGAAAACGUCAUACAAAUGACGCCCAACUGUCCGAUCUCUGAUGAUGACUCUAUAAAGUUUCAACAUUCUACAUAGGCAAGUGAAAUACUACUUUGUGCACUAGUGCGAGAAAACAGCACCAUAUUUCAUUGACGUCAUCAGGUUAAUUGUCUAUGAGAUUAGUGUGAAAUGUGUAUGACUCAUGGAAAAGGUAACAGCAUUGUGAAAUGUUAAGACUAAACUGCAUAUAAACAUGUGGUAAUGGUAAUAAACUAAGAUAAGAGAUA